AUGACAGGAUUAAGUGGCGCACAUUGAAGGCAUGUAACAUCUGGGAGGGGCAUCGCCGCUGUGACAGUGUUGAGUCAGUUGGCUGUGAGAAAUAGAGGGUUUUCAUCCGGUGCAGAAGGGAAACCUUUCUUCUUUCUCAAAGCAGGUCUGCUGAGAUGCGCAGGGCUCCGACACAGCGGAGGUCGCGAGGCUGCUGGUGAAUUACAAUUGGGAUACGAAGCCACCAUGAACGAGGGGCUGUUUUUGCGUGUACUCCGAUUUAUCCGCAUGUUUGAUUAAUUAAAGCUUUUUUUUCCUGGGGAGGAUUUUGUCCUGUGGUGUCAUGCAGGAAUGAAUUUUCUCGGCUUGGUUUUGCUACAGAGGACCAUGGAGACCUCCGAAGGCAUCGGUCAUGCUCUCUGGUGAGGGCGUGGCUGGGAGCGAGAGUUGUAAAGUCCCCAGAAUUACAUCACAUGGAGGUCAAAGGACAUCUGAUCACAUCCAUGGGUUUGGGGGCUCCUGAUGUUCAAGGCUGCCAGGACAGCAAGCUGCAGGCUGAGAGGGUUGCAGCUCUGCAGGAGAGGAAGCAGGCCCUCGAGGCUCUCCUCAACACCAGAGUGGGAGAGCUCAAACAAGUCUGUUUGCAGGAAGCAGAGCUGACUGGGAAGUUGCCACAUGCUUUCCCCCUGGAGACGGGAGAGAAACCCCCAGCGGUGCAGCGCAGAGCUGGCCUAGCGCCCAACACCAAGGCAGAGGAUGAGGCUGCCCAAAGAAAGCAGAUGAAAGCCAUCUUCACCGGUGCUCUGUACAGACACUCGGAAUCAGACCGAAAUGUCCCAAACAACAAGAGGACAGUACAUCGAGGGUGUCACACAGAGGACACUGUCAUGUCAGAGAGUACAAGCUCCAUGUCAGAUUCAACAUCCCAUGACAAUGAGUCUUCUCCCAGCGUGGCGGCUGACCAGCGCUCUCUGUCUCAACCCCGGCUCACUGUGGGCAGCCCUGACCACAGGAUCAGCAGGAAGCUGUCACCAGUCGAAAUUUACUACGAGAUGAGGACACGCCGCAACUCUGUCACAAGCUCUGUUAGCCCAACUCACUCUCUACCCAGAAGUACAUCUAACACUGAAGGUAGAAGCGUUCCAGCGACUCCUCUGUUGGCUCGAACUGCUCCAAUCAGUGUUCACGUCAGGUCGGAUGCGUCGGGUGGUAAUGGAUUGAAGCAGUGGUCUGGCAGCCUGGAUGUGCCCUAUAUGAUUCCACUGGCUCAGGAGGGCUCUUCCUCUGAUCGCAGAGGGUGCCCUUACAGCUCCCGGGCCAGACGCAGUAACAGCUCAGAGGCCCUGCUGGAUAGAUCGAGCCUGCCUGAUGAUCCUGCGCCCAGAAACGGGAUGCCCCCUAGAGGAGGGCCCUACAAGAGCUCAGAGACACUCACUGAUGGCAAGCUGCGACACAUUCACCUGGGCAGCCCGGAAAGACUGGCUGAUGGCUCUGUGGACCAGGCCAAAAUGCGUCUGUCCAUGGGCGACAGAGCGGCUGGUGGAGGCUACAAUGAGCUAUUGAUGGACUAUAUCUGGGGGAAACAGCAGAGGAUGCAGGUGCAGCACCACUUGUACCAGUCCACAGGCAGGAUCUGGCAGGACGGGCCCUCUCCCCGCUCCUCCACUGCGGCGGUGCCUCCACAUGCCAACGGCUUUUCCCAUUCCCAGGUGCACCUCCCCAGUGCUGCACCUCCUUACAGCCCCAUGGUGCUCCGAGGGUCCCAAGCUGAGCUGCGCAGGGUCAAAGUCACCAGAACCAAAUCUUGUGGACCCUUUAUACCUUUGCAGCAACAUCCCCAGGAUGCCAUCCUGCUGUCAGCGUAUGAGUCUCCCCUUCCUGCCUCGGGCACCACCACAUCCUCCAUUCCCAACCUGCACCCCUACCAGACUGAGCUGUCUGGCCCCUCCUACAGCCGCAGACCCCCACAGUUCUCUCUCCCAACCCCAGAAGACUCAACGCGAAGCUUGCAUAAAGCCCUGGCUCUGGAAGGACUGAGGGACUGGUAUCUGAGGAACGCCCUUGGCUAUCCUCCUGCUGCCUCAAAGGGCCAUGAGGCAGGGAUCUCACGCCUGUCACACCCCCACCCGCUGGUGCACCAGGCCCAGUCUGUUCAAGGUGAACCAGGCAACCUCCACAGGUCUCAGAUACCCCAGUCAGUCAGCUUCCAUGGUCACCCGCUGCAUGGAAGGUCGAUGGAGUUCUCUCUGUAUCAGGAGACCCCUCAUCAACAGAUGCAAGAGGUGACCCCAAAGGAACCCAGUGCAGACCCAGGCACCCUCGUCUGAAGCAGCAGAACACACACACACACACACACACACACACACACACACUACAUUAUCUGAGCAAACACACUGUAGCCUCACACACACAUUCACUCAGACUCGCAUAGUCACACACGUACACAGACAAGUUGAUACAAUGUGACCUCAACAGCAAAGCAAAACACGGCAACCUCAGCAGAAAGAGACUGGAAUAAUGACAAACUGUAGCUGUACAGUGUGAAAAAGCCUUGGCAAGUUCCCUGUGUUCUAACUGAUCCCACCAGUAUAUGAACUCAUCAGACCCAGUGUUCUCAUGUGGAUGUGCACUGGAGUUGACUCAUCUAAUAACAAUAUGGUCAUGCUGUACUUAAUAUAUCGAUAUUUCUGGUCCAACUCGAGCAGUAAACUCCUUCCUAAUAACCCUGAAAAAUCUCCGGAGAUAUACUUUUUUACAGAAUAUAUACAACUCUAAAUUACUAUUUUGUAUCUUCUCAGAUAUAAAGAACAGCUAUAUUAAAGAGGUAAUUUAUUGCUCAUUAAUCUUGUGAUAUACGAAGAUGUUAUAUGAGCUCAUAUCAUUUGAAAAGUAUUAAUACAUGCCAGUGAAUGUGUGUUUGUAAACUAUAUAAAACGCAAAAAAAACAUGCUUCAGUCUCCAUCUGCUGUUAAAGGAGCAGUGUGUAGGAUUUAGUGGCAUCUAUCGGUGAGGACUGAUGUAACGUCUCCUGUGUGCCAAGCAUGAACUCCUGGUUAUUAGUCCCUCAGCUGUCAUUAUUCAGAAGGUUUUUAUUGGGAGACAAAUCAUCCUCAGAGGUCUCUUUCGCUCCAAAACAAACAGACCUGGUGAUUUUAACGGCUUAAAACACUGAAUAAACAAGUCUUGUUACUAAUCAGUGUUUCUCCUACGCUGUUUGGCACGUCACAGAUGGGCCGCCAGCCCAGCACCUGUUAAUGUGUGCUCACCAUUUUUCUCUGAUAACUUAGCGUCCAGACGUUCAGGAGGUUUUUACCAGAAGCCAAAUUAUCAGCAGAAGUCUCUUUCACUCCGAAACAAACAGACCUGGUGAUUAAAACUGGUAAAAUUACUGAAUAAAGCAGUUUCACAUUAAAAUCAGUGUUUUUCUGACACUGUUCAGCUGCUAACUGUGGCGGCACACAAUAACCUGAAUUGCCCAUUCUAACACCAUUGUUUGGGUUGUCAGAUGGGCUACUGUAAAAACAUGGCAGUGCGACAUGGUGAUCUCUGUGGAUGAGGACCCGCUCCCUAUGUAGAUAUAAACAGCUCAUUCUAAGGUAACAAAAACACAAAUAUUCUUAUUUUCAGGAGAUUAUGAACAAAAGAAAACAUGCUUAUUAUAUUAAAUUCCAUUUCUGCCAAUAUAUCCCUGUUAAAUCCUACACACUGGACCUUUAAUUUCACAGCCAUUUGAAUUUUCACGUUUGUUAAAUGAAAGGGUCCAUGAACUGUAGUGUACUGGUGUAGCGGACGGGAGUGCCUAAAUGUUUUAAUAUUAAAACUUGGUUAGAAAACUUUUAAAGUGCUUUCUAAUAAUCUGAAAUGCUAGCAUUAAGCCUUUGUGAGCUUAGUCUAAUCAAAACCUGAGAGCAGUUCACGAUGUCACUAAAUUACGGUAUUUGGAAUGAUGUCAUAUAUAUUGUGAUUUUUCAGUAUGUUUUCUAGAUUCAGCUUAGUGCUGGCCAAUAAAUGUAGCUUUCUCUGUGCCGACCUUGACAGAAAAAUUAGACCAGUUUUAGGAAAAACCUGAGGGCUGUUGUGAAACCUACUGUAUGGCAGUAGCACAUGACUGUAUGACAAUAAUUUACUCAUAUCUGAUCUGUUUUUUCUGCAUUUAGUUGUGGAGGAUUUGAGUGUCAUAUGGAGCACUUUAUGAACAUCUUAAGCCUUAAUUCCCUAAGAAAUUGUCACCAAGAGAGAUGACAGGCAGUAGGAAGGUCCUGACAGGGUUUGUAACUGGGGAAAAAAUAAGAGAGUGAGUUUUGUUAACAUCCACUGAAGGUCUAUCGGAGUGUUAGUCUGUAUAUAGUGUGGAUUGUACUGAUGAGUUUCAAGCUGUUUUAUUCCCGUACUAACAAUGUAAUUUUUAAACUAACCACAUGAUAAGUAUUUAAUCAAAAUAACCUCUCCCACCCCUUCCACCCCCAAGUGAGCACUAUUUAAUUGGUUGUUAAAAAAAAAAAGUGAGGUUGGUGGUGUGAACAGAAUAGGGCUGCUGCAGUUUUGAAUGACGGUGUGAGCAGGUCUCAUACCAGUAAAUUUGUUAAUGAGAAUUCAUGCUGGCUGAUUUUUGUAUUUGUAAUAUUUUCAACUCAUUUCACGUGCUCGGUUUUGUGUUGUUUAAAAAAAAUGAACUACAUUUUUUUAAAAGCAGAGUAGCUAUGUAUCAUAAUAUAUUUCAAAGUUUGUAAUCAGUCUUAACAGCAUUCUGCAAUUUAAUCUACAGAAAGAUCAGAAUAAUACAUGAAAUCCUCAAGGAAACUGAAAAUAUAUGUCUUAGUGUACACGGAACAUUUUUCAUUUUCCCCUCCAUUUAAUGUUCUUGACCUUUGGCCAUCUCGGACUCAUCUGAAUGUAAUUCUUUGUCAUACGUGAUGUUGUUUUCUACUCUGUUACAAACUGUAGCACACCGUGGAAUGUGACCUGGUUUCCUCUGCUGUCUGAUGUGUUCACAUCCUCUCAGUAUUCAGCUUCAUAGAGCUUCUUCCAGCUGGUUAAAACCUGAAAUCAAAGACCAAACUGCUGUGCACUGGGGGUCGUAAAUGUAUUUUUCAUAUAAUGUACUCUGUAAGAAAAUUAAUGAUAUAAAUUUAGCUCCAGAGCAAAUUUAUUCAAACUAUAUUAUAUUUAUGAACCUAUAACAUUUUGUAGCUAUCUACUGUAGCUCUCUCUCAUCAGUGCGGGAAUUGGUAAUGUGUGUUAAAACUUCAUUCAGCAGUGUGACGUGUUAAUAUUUGAUUCUUCUUCUUCUUUUUUUUUUUAUUUAGAUAUUUAAAUGCAGCUGUUUUCUCUUUCCCUUUUCUCUUUAUAACCAGGCCUAUGAAAUAAGGCUAUAGGCCCGCCCUAUACUGUAUGU